UAGUCACGGAAAGAUAACUCUCAUCAACUUGUCCGGCUGUCAUGCUUCUGGGACUGUAUAUUGUAAGAUUAUUCCUCUUAAGACAUUUUGUACGUGUAGGACUUCACUAUCCAUUUACACACGCGUCGAAAUAACCGAUAGUCUUGCAGUACAAUCACUCAUGGAUCGACUGUGUGCGUCAAGCAGACUGUUUACAGCGGCGCGUUUCUGUCUGUGUCAACCAAGUUUAUGCAUGCGGAAGCACCGCAUACAAACUGGUGCCUUCGGUAGUGGGAAUGAGAAUGGGCAAACGAAAGUCGAGGGCCUUGUAAAUUCCUGGAUGCAGAAAUAUGAAGAAUUUGUAGGACUCACUCUCGUUAAAGAAGCUCAGAAUAGUGUUUUGCAGAGAGAAAAUAAAUUCUUGUCAUCUCAAGAAGAGCGGCGAGCAAAACAACAAGAGCUCGGCACAAUCCAAUCAAGACUUAAGUCAGUCAGUGCAGAACUUGACAAGACCAACAAAUCUGAUGAUCGCUAUCUUGACAUUGUCAAAAUGGAACACUCCAUAAUCAGAGAAGAACAUCAGAUGCUCGAGGAUAUACGUAACCUAGAAAAACAGGAACGAGAGUAUUUUUCCCUCCUUAGCGCUGCAGUUCGUGAAAGUCAUGAAAAGGAACGAGCUCAAGCAGAGAAAACAAAAUAUUGGUCAAUUAUUGGAUCAAUCAUUGGAGCCAUUAUUGGUAUCACUGGGUCAACUGUUAAUAAUUAUCUAAGAAUGAGAGAGAUGAAGGGAAUCGUACACACCUCUGUCUCCAGUAACGAGGAGUUGAAAGAUCUGUCUGUCCAGCUGUGUAGUGCUGUUAGAACCCAGUUUGAUACCUUUGACAGCUUUCUGACAGAUCUGAAAACAGCCAUCGACAAGAAAGGUGUGUCCACCGUUAGAGCCUCGCUCCCUGCUCCAAUGGCAAAUAAACACACCCUCCACGAACAAACAGAUAAAAUUUUGGAAACUUUGGUAAAGCAGGAAUUAUUUCUAAAUGCAGAAAUAAAGGACAUCAAGAAGAUUCUUGGCCUGACACGGAAGGAUGAAGAGGGAACAAGUGUUGUUUAUGUUGGACCGGAAGUGAAGACCCUUCUUCAGACAACAGAGGAUAACCUAGAGUGGAAGAUGAAAAUGAACUCGCUGGCAACAGCGACAUUUAUAUAUGGUGCCCUUGCUCUGACAAUACCAAUCAUUCUGUCGUUCUUUAAGGGAAGCUGAAGUAACAGUUUCUUUUAUGUGAUUACAAAAAGUGAAUAUCAAAAACACCUUAAACAACCCAAAGAUAUAUUUCUUUAUCAGGGAAACUUUCAAGUAAAUGUAGACUACUUGUCAUAUAAUAUGUAAGAGUAGACAGCUGUGCUGACAUAUGAUGUAAAGGAUGGUGGUCUUCUCUCCUCUGAAGAUGACAUUUCAGACCAUAUAUAUAUAUAUAUACACCACCUCAGACUAGCAACUAAGUUGAUUCAAAUUCUGAUCACAUUUUUUUUUGUCAGGGUGACAAUCGUGAUGACACUGUAUACAUGUACUGAUAAACUUUAAUCAAAUAGGGAGUGGAGAUUUUUUCAAGGGAAUCUUGUGACAUUUAUAACGUGUCCGGAAUCUUUCAAAAUAUGUUUUUAUAUCCAUGAUGAUAAUGGAUGAAAUGACAUCAAAUAUAAAUCAGAUGUGAUAAGGCCUAAAAAAUAAAAUGAUGUGGUUCCGAUUACCCUCCCGACCCUUGAAUUCUGGUGCCGACCGUAUUUUUUUUUAAGUGGUAUGAAUAAAAUAAGCUUCCAGAUACCAUUGUUAUUUCCCGGCACGGACGGACAUUGGUCAUUCUGAUAGAGAAAGUCGACAUGAUGGCCUCAAGCUUGAUUGAAGAAACAAUUACACAUUGAUAAAUGUGUUAUUAGUUAGUACUUUACUUCUAAAAAAAAUGUAAAAAAUGAAAUUAGAAUUAAAAUCCUACCUACCUACCCAACAUUUUAAAGAUGUGCAAAACCACAUUUAUUUUAUUUGGCCUAAAUGAGUUGUGUGUGUGGAAUAAUUUAAUUGUUCCUUUUUCAAGAUUCUUAUUAUCUCAGACACACAACUCCUGUGUGUUUUUCCUUAAAGAUUAAAACAAUUGUUGAUCAUAAUGGUUUAUUUUUGCAGUGUGUAGGUUAUGAAAUGCAAAGGGGAAACAGUGUGGCUGAGUAGUUGAGAUGAGAUAUUUUUCAUUUAUAUAACAUUGAAUAACUGAUUUGUGUACUGUAAAUCCUAUAUUACAUUUCCUCAUUAUUACAUUGCAUAUAAUGAGUUUAUUUGAUGACUUUUUCAUUUGGGCUCCACCAUUUGAAAAGAUGGAAGAUGGUUUUAGAUCAUGCAUCUUUGAAAGGGUUUCGGGUUAAUGCAUUUGCUUUUUUUAGGGCAUUAUUAUUUCAUGAGCCUCAUAGCAAUCAGAUUUCUGACCUAUUUACAAAAGCACCUCUCCUCACAAUAUAUUACAGUUGCAUAAUCGCCCAGCAGGCAAUGUCUGAAAUAUAAUCAUGGUUAAUGCAGGAAGCACUAGAACGAGAAAUAAUUAGAACUUAUAAACAUGCUAGUUAUUUGCAUAUUCAUGGAUUGUUAUUCUGUUUGUUGUAGGAAGAAUAUCAAGAGUUAUGAUUCAUGUCAGUGUUUCUGUGUGAUGAUUGUCUUGUUGCCUGUUGAGAAUAUGUUAGUGUAUAAAGUCAAAGAUUAAAAAGUUAUGUUUCGCCUG